AUGAGAAACGACCAUUUGGUUUAUAAUAUUUGUCAUUAUAUAUUGGCAGCUAUCUAUUGUGGUCUAUUGGUUUACUGUGUAUAUAAAGUUAUAAAGAAAUGUAAGUUUACAUUUGUAGAGAAAUAUAACAAUAUCAAUUUACAAUCAGAUUGUUCGGCAUUCAGAUUCAAUCAAGAAAAUGGAUGGGUUUUUUGUAGAUCAACAAUUGUGUUUUUUAGUUUCUUGAUCGUUGCUUUCGGGAUCAGGUGUACGAUGUUCGUUGUAUAUAUAUUUGCCAAGGACGGUACACUUACUCUAACGUUUCAGGCACAACAAGCAUUGGAAUUAGUCAAGAUUCUACCUGCUUUUUUCAUUUUCACAGCAUUAACCAUUUCUUUAUUUGCAUGUAUUAUUUUAUUGAAACAUCAGACAAGACCAAGGCAAGAGUUGAUUAAGAAAUAUAAGAUAUAUGUUGCAGUUGGAAACUUUUUGAUGUACAUUGUAGUAUUUAUUCUUUCACUUUUGCAAUAUCAAUCAGACCACUAUAAUGGACCGAGUUUUGUUGAGAAUCCAUCUAAUUCCUUCUAUGAUAUUGCACUCCAAUACAUGGCAGUAGUUAUUUAUCUUGUUACUGCAUUAUUCUUAUUUGUUUAUAUUAUCAUUUCAAGGAUUAAGAACAAAGGUCAAGUUGUAGAAGCUGUCAGCUUGAUGGAUCGAUCAAGUGCCACAAAACAGGAACAGAAAACAUUUCAAUUGGAGAACAACGUUGAAAUACUGUUGGUAUUUCUUUUUUUCGUGUAUUUGAUUCGGUCAGUUAUGGUUUUUGUCACCACUUAUGUUGUGGAUUUCGACGUGCCAUACUACGACCUAAUUCACUACAUGGCACUCGAGGUACUUCCAAUGGUACUAAUGAUCAUCAUCAUGAAAAGAGUCAAUGGUCAACAAGCUUUAAAAGGUGACCAAGCUGAAGAAGGAGUCAUUGAUCAACAAUAUGCAGCAAUAAAUGUAGAUGUAGAGGAUGUAGAUGACUCCAGAACCAGUUUGAUCGAUCAUUCAAGUGAUUACAUAUCGAUGGGACAGAUGUCACCGAACAGCGCCACAAAACAGGAAGAGAAAACCGAAGAACUGGAGGUCAACUUUGAAAUUCUAAUGGUGGUUCUGCUGUUUGCGAAUUUAGUGAGAGCAAGUCUGCUUUUGAUCACCACUUUUGUUUGGCCUAUCGAUUGGCCAUACUACGACCUCGUUCACUACAUGCUUCUCGAGAUAAAAUAA